AGUGGGAAGAAUGCUCCUUACAUUGGUGGUCAGUGGGAAGAAUGUCCCUUAAAUUGGUGGUCAGUUUGAAGAAUGCUCCUUACAUUGGUGGUCAGUGGGAAGAAUGUUCCUUACAUUGGAGGUCAGUUUGAAGAAUGUUCCUUACAUUGGAGGUCAGUUUGAAGAAUGCUCCUUACAUGGGUGGCCAGUUGGAUACACAAUCUAGCUGCCUUGACAAGAUGCAAAGCUAUUGAUCAGAAGUAUGCAGACUUAGGGAGGGAUGUAUGGUGUAGUAGAAAUUGGGUCAGAGAGAAAUCCAAGUUGUAUGUUGUACUCUUGGAAAUGAGACUGAGGAUAUCUGUCCAGUAUUGCUGUAAGGAGGGGGGACGGCCAUCAUAUGUGUAAAAGAGAGCUAGAUUCAGAUUUGCAUCUCCAACACUUGGGGGACAACUGGGGAGAA